AUGCCUCCUUCGACUUCGUGGCUGGUGCUCGCUAUUCUCGCGCUGACGGCGCCGGCGACGCCUCCAGCACACGCCGCGCCAGUCGCGUCGUUCGAUGGUCAGCGAGAGUUUGACUAUUUCGCGUUGGCCUUGACAUGGCCCGGCACUUACUGCCAGCGCACGCGCAGUUGUUGUCCCUCCAACGGUUGCUGCAGAGGCCCCAAUUCUCCGACAACAUUCACCAUACAUGGACUUUGGCCUGACUAUAACGAUGGAACCUGGCCAUCUUGUUGUUCUGGAGCUAGUUUCAAUCCAAAAGAGAUAUCUAGUUUGACUAAUGCUUUAGAGCAAUAUUGGCCAUCAUUGAGCUGUGGCAAGCCAUCAACAUGCCAUGGCGGGAAAGGUUCAUUUUGGGCUCAUGAGGUGGUUGUCGGAGUUAAUUAUUACAUCUCUAUUGAGAAACAUGGCACAUGCUCUUAUCCUGUGUUUCGAAAUGAAUAUGAUUAUUUUCUGGCAACUCUGAAUAUCUAUUUCAAAUAUAAUGUUACGAGCGUUCUAAAUGAUGCUGGAUAUGUUCCCUCUAAUACAGAAAAGUAUCCCCUUGGAGGCAUUAUCUCUGCCAUUGAGAAUGCUUUUCAUGCAUCCCCUUUAAUUGUCUGCUCAAAAGAUUCUAUUGAGGAACUUCGCCUAUGCUUUUACAAGGACUUCCAAGUAUGA